UUAAUUAACAUGAUGUCGAGCUCUCAGGAGGAGUUGGUUGAAGAAGCUCAGUCACAGAUAUGGAAGUGGGCGUUCAGCCAUCUGAACGUUCCAAAUUUAGAUUUGUCUAUAGAAAUUUCAAUUAUUAAAUGAAAUUUCCAACCCUUAUUUGAUCAAUGUCUAGGUCAGUGGUUGAUUGAACAUUAAGUUUAUCGUACAUCCUACAAAAAAAAUUCUCUAACCUUUGCACGUAUCAGUUUUCAAGGUAUCUCGUGUCUCAUCCUAGGAUAUGAAGUUAAAGUUCGUAAACAAUUAUACUGAAGUUAUUAUGGAUUAGGGUAUAGUAUCAUGCCUCAAAAUGCGGAUCAUUCAUGGUUUAAAUAACAAAAAACGACGGGCGUACGGUAAAGUACCAUGAACCAUAUAUAUCUACCCAAUUUUACACCUAUGGUACGUUUUAUGAGAGCCAAUGGUGGUGAGUCUAUAAGGAACCUUAAAAAUUUGGUCCAUAAUACACCAAGACCAUACAUAGCUCCAUCUUCUCUCCAUCAGGAAGAUGAGAGACAAUCUCGUAAGAGGAACUGAAGAGGCUUGGUUGAGGAAGACUCCCGGGCCGUGCACCAAGAGGCUUACGUCGUUUACUGAAAUUAAGGUCGAUUAUCUAUUCAAGCUACUGGAACUGGUAGAUAAUGACUGCAGAGUAGGGAUGGCAAUUACCCACUCAUGGGUAAUUAUACCCAAACCCAAGUAGAUCCAUUCAUAAUGGGUUGGGUAUGAGUGAAGUGCAUAUGAGUUUGGAGGUUUUAAAUGGGUUUGGGUAAUGUAUGACUAUUGCUUCCAUAAUCUAAAUGGGUAUGGGUUGGAUAUGGAUAUCUAUUUAUUUGAGGGUGUUUUAACUCCUACACAUACAAUAUUGGACCUAUUUGUAAAAAUUAAAAAGUAUAGGUACCAAAAUGUAAGAUAAAAAUAUUUAGGUACCAAAAUAUAAUUUUCAAUCGAUAUUUUUAGGACUUAUAUGCAAAAAAAAAAAAUUUAGAUACUAAAUAUGCAUAUCUAUGAAGAUUAGGUAUCAAACUGUAAUUUGCAUUUGGGGUUGGAUGCAAACCCAAAUCCAUUUGUUAUAAACCCAACCCAACCCAAAUAAAUGGGUACGGGUACAAACCCAUCAAAGUCUACCUAUAUCCAUCUCUUUGGAUUUCAUACCCAACCUAAUUGGAUUGGAAUCUAUGGAUAUAGGCAAAAUUGCCAUCCCUAGAUAAUAUAUAUAUACACUGCCUGUGACAGCGUAACUAGCUAGCCACCUUUUCACAUGUUUUUUCUUGGUUCUAUAAUUGAUGGAGGUAGGGAUGGCAAUUUCGACCUGACACUCCUCUCUCAUCUUUGCGACAAUGAACAAAGUUCGAUAUGAUCCUCUUCUUUCUUAUCUGCUAGCCGAUACAUGCUAGCUGUCAGGUUGUCUUGUGAUGAUUUAUGUCCAUUCAUAUAUUUGGAAGAAUUAUUAUUAUCAUAGCUAUAGCUGGCUAGCCAGCCUCAAUUAACAUGGCGAGCUCUCACGAGGAGUUGGUCGAAGCUCAGUCACAGAUAUGGCGGUGGACGUUCAGCCACCUGGUCUCCAUGUCCAUCAAAUGCGCCAUCAACCUCCGCAUCCCCGACGCCGUCCACAAACACGGCCAACCGGCCGCCUCGCUUUCCGAGCUCAUCUCCGCCCUCCGAAUCCCGCCUUCCAAAACCCACGCUUUCGGCUGCAUGAUGCGCGUCCUCAGCACGCGCUCCACCGGAUUCUUCUCCGUCCAACAACGACAACAAGAAGAAGGAGGAGAAGAAGAAGAGUUGUUCUACUCGUUGACUCCGGCCUCCAGGCUGCUGCUUCGCCACGAGCAUCUCAACCAGGCGUCGCUGCCGCUUCUUCACUUCCAUCCGGCGAUGAGGGACUACUGCUCCGUCCUCGACACGUGGCUCCUCGAGGAAGACGACGAGGGGACAAAUAACGAUGAUGAUAAUAAUAAGCGCACGGCAUUCGAGGUGGUAAACGGGGCGUCGUUUUGGGACUAUCUGGCCGGGUCAUCGGGUCCGGCCCGGGAGCUGAAGGGGCUGUUCUACGACUGCAUGGUGAGCGACUCCAAACUGGUGGCGGAUGCUCUCGUUGUUGCUACCGUCGGCGGAGAGGAGUCGUUGUUGUUUAGGGGAGUGAGGUCUUUUGUCGACGUGGCCGGCGGCACCGGGAUUGUCGCGGCCGCCGUGGCGGGCGCGUUUCCUGAGAUGAAGUGCGUCGUUUUGGAUCUGCCGCACGUGGUGGAGGGAUUGCCGGCGGCGGGAAACCACCCCGGUAAUCUGGAGUUCGUGGGUGGGGAUAUGUUCCGCAGCGUUCCCUCGGCUGAUGCUAUCUUGCUUAAGUGGAUUUUACACAACUGGGAUGAUGAGUCAUGUGUGAAGAUAUUGAAGUGUUGUAAAGCGGCGGUGUCCGGCGACGAGGGAAAGAAAGGGAAGGUGAUAGUAAUAGACAUGGUGAUGUCGGAAGUUGGGGUUGAAGACGAUUUGUCUCGUGAAAUCCAGCUCUGCUUCGAUCUGAUGAUGGCGACAGUGCUAAAUGGCAAGGAACGGAAUGAAAUGGAGUGGAAGGGACUGUUUGAGGCGGCCGGUUUUAGUGACUACAAGAUCGUUGGUCAGAUCGGCCCAAGAUCUAUCAUUGAAGUUUAUCCUUGACUAUGGAGUCAAUGUAUAAUUAGCACAUUAUAUGUUUAACGUUAAGUUAUAAAUUUAUUUGUAUUCAUACUUUAAUUUCCGUACAAAUUGGCAUUUUUACGUUUUUGUGCUAGUACAUCCCCAUGUUGUGGAAAUUUGAAAUGAGACAUAAGUUUCCGGUUUUCACCGUAAUGAUGUUGUAAGCAAGUGGUUAAUUACUAUACAUAUACCUAUUUUACAACGCAGACGUACGCUAGUAUGAACCAUAUAUAUAAAUAUAUACUAAGGGCCAAUUCUGUGGUACAGGCACAAUACUAGUGUCGGCUAUUUUCUAGCCGUUGAAUCUGCCACUUUUGAUGAAAGCCGUUGAUUAAUGACCAUCCAUUAACCAAAACAGGUUGAACCCAUUGUGUUUGGUUAAACCUAUUUUAUUUUUAAGUUAAUUAUUAUACUUAUAGUUUAAUACCAAAUGCAACAGAUCUCGUCGAACAGUUCAGUUCUAUGAGGAAGAGUUUGAUUGUUGCGUGUCCCUUGGUCGGCGGCGGGAGUGCAUGUUAAUACAGCUGAUGUUGGGAUGAAUAGUUUUGAAAAACUAUAAAUGAAAUUCCUAAUUAAUUAUCCAGUAUUUUCCCAUAAUAUAUAAAUAAGAUGGAUAAUUAAUAAAAGGAAUAUUAUGGAGAUAAUUAGGAAUAAUUAUCUUAAUAGAUUAUAUUUUAAUUAUGGGAGUAAUUAUCUCCCUAAUUAAAAUAUGACUUAUUCCCAAAGAAAGAGGGAAUAUUCUGGGUUUUCUGCUCCUAUAAAUAGGAGACGCCCCAGACCCUCUAAACACACCUCAGAAGAGCAGAAACACGAUAGAGAGUGAAUUCAUAGAGCUCCGGUUUUCCGCACAAAACCGAUGAGCAAUAAAUAAGAGUGGCUGUUUUAUCCUGGAGGCGACCGGCUGAUAGUCUGCUGUGUGAAUAACGAGGCAGUGCCGCGAACGUCUUAAAGAGUCCGCGACUCAGCCAGAUCGGUAACCCUAUUUUUCUGUUCGGUUUCUAACAAUUUUAAGACGUUUGUUACUGUCAAAUCGACCGAACAGAUUAUCGCAUCUGGCUUGGCAAAUCUCGCCCUAGCAUGCUCGCCGUUGAGCUCGUGAUCCCUUUUGCAAAUCUCGGUCUGGGAGCUUGUAAUCGACAAUUCUGUCUCGGAAAAAUUAAUUGCACCUUUACCAUUGAUUGUUCCUGUUAAUUUGUUUUUUAGUUUGAGAUUCCUUGAAACAGGAAUUAACGGAAGCACUGAAAGGAAGCCAUUGGAAUUUUGAAUACGUGGAGGGACAAGGUUUAAUUACCUGGACAAGGUUAAUUAGGAAGGUGGCUCCCUUUUAUUUAGUUCCAUUCGGGGCCAACUCUUGGAGCAGGCAACUGGCAAUGGUAAUCAUGGUUUUACUACGUGGACCGUGAAGGAGGCAUGAUUAAUCAAUGCGAUUUUGGAAGGGAAUUUUCAAUUUUGUUCUCUGGAAAGACUUCGCCAGGCCAAACAGAAUGAGGCCGAGGGCAAGGAUGAAAGAGAUCCGCCCUGUGAUAGAUAGUUAGCAGAACAGGAACUUGACUAGGGGUAUGCGGUGAUAUUUAAUUAUCCCAGAAGAACCCAACGAUGGCACAUUGCGACCUCGUGGCUUAAUCACUCAGGAACAAAAGCAUGACGCAGAACAAGGAAGCUAUGCUUGUUGAUAGCUAUCGGUCGCAAAAUCAGCUUGCAAUGACUCCUUGAAAAUAGGUAUGAACCGAAAUGAUCCUCGUGAUUCAUUAAUGAAUGAUAAAUUAGAUUCUAUUUCAUUAAGCUCUAUGCAUGGUAUUGAGAACCAUAUGAAUGUGAGAAAGUAAAAAUAGAAUUGAUGCAUGUAUAUGUCGACAUUGAGGUGUAUUACCUCGAUGAUUAGAGUAUAAAUUGAAUACAUGUGAUGGAGUAGAAUGAUUUUGUUUAAAUGCAUGCAUAUAUGUGAAGAAUAUAUGAUAAUAGAAUGGGUUUAUUGCCCUUAAUAACGAUAUUAUAAGAAGUAUUAUUAUCAGUACUACACGAACCAUUUAGAUUGCUGUGAAACAUUAAAGUUUCAAGAAUGAGAGCAGCAAGCUGAACCAGAUCCACAUCAAUUAGAAUGGUACCUAUCGUGGUAACCAUAAGAUUGUCACCCAAUCCUCUAAAGAAAAGUGAAACCUAUUGGUUUAGUUUAUGAGUAUAAGGAUCGCCUAAUAGCUAAGGCUUUAAGCGAAAAGGAAAAAUUGUUAAUUUUCUUGUUAUCUAUUCACCAUAUGUAGAAUAACAUCCAUGUAUGUUCUGAUUGCUAGUGUUGUGCGUCAGAUGGAUUGUUAAACAUGUUUCUGUGAAUGGUGAUUUAGAUAGGAAAAUCUGCAUGGGACAACCUAUAGGGUUGUUAUUCUUGAACAUGCUUAGGGAGUCUAUAGUUAGGCAAAUCAUUGUAAGAUUUGAAAUGGACUCUAAGACAAUGGCAUGAAUAAACUGGUUCUCUCUCAUGGUUUUAAAAGUGAAAGCGACAAGUGCAUUUAGUACAACUUUGAGAAUGACACUUGCAUUAUGAAUGACACUUCGGUCUUUGGUACAAAGACUCGUGAUGUCAAUAUUAUGAAAAACCAUGUUGUUUGAGAAUUAUGAAGGUAAAAAGAUCUGGAUGAAGCAAGUGUUAUGCUCGGAGAUCCAGAUUACUAGGACAAUGAAAGAGAUUUCAUCUAGGUCAGUUUAACUACACAGUUAGAUCUAGAGGAAAUACGAGUUCUACACCUUCAUAAAUGUUUGAUGGUGCUAGUGUAAUUUUUAAGAGCACCAAAGACGAUGUAAGAAAGUAAGAACAUACUAGCAUCGACAGUAUGCGAGAGGCAGCUGAUAAACAUGAGACCCGACAUAGUGGGGGUACUUGGCAGGCUUACUGAUUGUCCUAGUAUGAAGCAUUGAAAUGCUAUUGAAAGGGGUCAUGAGACACCAUAAAAGAACAGAAAAAACCUUGGUAUUUGUUAUCAAUGGUUUUGCUGUAUUGGUAGGGUAUAGUGAUGCGGAUUAGAAUACCCUAUAGAGGACUUCAAGACAACAAGAGGCUGUGUUUUAAACAUCGAUAGAGAAGCUAUGUCUUGGAAGUCUAAGAAGUAAACGAUCCUGGCUCAAUCAACUAAGAAAUCAAAAAUGAUAGAACUAGCAAUGGCUAGUAAAGAGGAAAGUUGAUUGAGAGGGUCACUACUAGAGAUUCCCUUAUGGGAAAGACCGAUCCCUCCGGUAGUUGAUUCAUUGUGAUAGCACCGCAGCUAUUACUAAAGAAGGGAACCGGUUCUAGAAUGAAAAAGACGACAAAUUCGUCGUAUGCACAGUACUGUAAGAGAAUUCCUAACGAUAGGAGCAAUGAGGGUGGAUCAUGUGAGAUCCUAACAGAAUCUAGCUAAUCCUUUGACGAAAGGAUUAUCUAGAGAGAAAGUCCAAAGUACUGCCAAGGGUAUGAGACUUAUGCCUACCGAACCACGGACUACAAGUGAUGGUAACCCGACCCAAUAGACUGGAGAUCUCAAGAAAUGGGUUCAAUGGGUAAUAACAAGUCAUGAGUAGUAUGCGAAAAGUUCAUGCAUAGCGAAGCAUGAAUCCCAAAGCCUUAGAGGUUGAGUUAAACUCUUAAUGAGAUCUAUACUCUAUGUGGAGUGAAGUACUUUACUUUGGGGGUACUUUUGAUAGACUCACCUGUGUGAAUGUGGGAGUGGGGCCGCUCCCUAUGGAACUUUGGAGGCACAAAGUUGCUAGAGCGUUCACUAAACCGGGAUAACGUGCAUGGCCAUUAACGCACGGCCUAUGAGAGAAUAUCACUCAAUGAAAAGAUCUGGUGUGC